GAGCGCGACUUACACAGAACGUGUGCCACAGUCACUUUUCCACGUCGGACAUAAUUUAAAGUUACAACAACAAAAGCAUGUUGGACAGUGCGCCAGCGAUUGAGUAAAGGUUUUAAGGUUAAUGUUAGUUGGACCUAGAAAUAACAAAACUAUAAUAUGGCAGAAACACGUGUUGCUCUUGGCUUUUUGGAGGAUGCAGAACAAUGGCAAUUACUAAGUCAGCAGUUCCCAAGCAAAGUUGGAGGCAAACCUGCUUGGCUGAGUCAGUCGGACACUCCAAGUCUUCACGAGUUAUCGUGUGACAAAUGCCAUCUUCCUACAGUAUUUCUUUUGCAGGUUUACGCACCGAUAGCUGGGCAGGGUAGAAGUUUCCACCGAACUCUCUUUGUAUUUUGCUGCAAGACACCAGAAUGCUAUUCUCGAAACGACAGCCGUUGCCUGAAAGUAUUCAGGAGCCAGUUGCCAAGGAAAAACAACUUUUAUCCCUUUGAUCCACCAUCUGAUGAUGGACCAAAUGAGAAGGAGCUUGAACCCUGUGUCCUGAGUUCGGGGGUUACACUAUGCAAGCUGUGUGGCUGUGUUGGUCAGAAAACCUGCUCUAAAUGCCAUGCCGUGUCCUACUGCAGUAAAGAACACCAGACCAUCGACUGGAAACACAGUCACAAGAAAGAGUGUUGCAAACAAGUGCCAUCCAGUGCAGUGCCUUCCACUUUCCUGUUUCCUGAGUCAGAACUGGUCACAGAGCUUGAGGAACAACCGGAAGAGGAGUCGAGUGAGACCGUUGAGGAUGAACGGAGUAACUUGGAUUGCUCUGACUUAGCUGAUGGUUUGGCAGAGACAGAACUCGAAGACAUGGCCAUGCAUGAAACCCAAGAUAGCAAAGUGUUCCAAAGGUUUAAGAAGAGGAUUGCAUCAGAGCCGCAUCAGGUCUUGCGAUACUGUCGAGGGGGCUCUCCUCUUUGGGUUUCGUCUGAACAUGUUCCUGGGGAGAAGGACAUCCCGAACUGUUCAUGUGGUUCCAGGCGAAUCUUUGAAUUUCAGGUCAUGCCUCAGCUCCUGAAUGACCUGAAAGUGGACAGUCCUGAUGCCAGUAUAGACUGGGGAACCUUGGCUAUCUACACGUGCGCUGACAGCUGUGACCAAGGCAAUAAGUACUCUUCAGAGUUCAUCUGGAAGCAGGAUUUCACAGAACAAAUAUAAUUGAAUAACAUUGUAAUAAAAUGGAAUCUGAUUGUAAUUGGUUAUGGCAAUGUUUCCCUGUGCAGAGUGGGCUAUUCUGUACCUUUUUCAUGUCAACGGCUAUUUAUGUCAAAUUACAUAGCACCAUUAAAUGUCUAGUUCAUACAGUUUGAUUUGAGGAAUUGGACACAAUGGGAUAGUUAAAUCUCAUCUUGAAGGGGCCCCUAUCCAGCGCAGGUUGUAGUCUUUUAGAUGGGUCAAAUGCUCUGGUAACUAGAUCCAUGGCACUUUUUGUAAGAGUAGAGGUGUUAGCUAUGUUAAACACAUUGUCUUGUUUCCAUUUCUAAUCUGGUCCUCAAUAUCAAGGGCACCUAAUCAAGCCCAGCCUCAACCUGGCUUAUUCUGCUCCCCCAUAACAAAAUAAUGUAUGAAGUGCUACUGUUGCUCUGGAUAAGUGUGUCUGCAACAUUUCAAAAUGUGUAUGGGGGAGGAGGGAUUAAUCAGUGUUUGAAGUGAAUGAUUCAGCUGUCAGAAAAAGACCGCACAAACCUGGCCUUCAUGGGAGGUUAGGAAGAAGCCUGUUUUCAAAAAAGAAUAUCAAGGUAACUGACAUGUACUGGACAAAACCUAGGUAUAGGCCAAAAGUACAGGAACAUACUCUGGCCAGAUUAGUCCAGGAUUGAUGUAAUCAACCUAUCAUGAAGUCUUUAAUUAGAUUCAGGUAUGUGACCAGGAUUGGGAAAGACUGGAUUAAUCUAAAUUUGAGUUGUUUGGCUAAAACAGAACCCCAUACCAACUGUAAAGUGUGGCCUGGCCAACUUGCCACUACUCAAUCAUGAAUUCCAUAUUGUACCAAAGAAUUGAGAAUGUGAGGCUGUCUGUCAAAAAAGUCAAACAUGGACUUAGCAAAAGGACAAUGAUUCAAAACACACAAGCAAAUCUAACCAGUAGUUCUCAAGAGGAAAUUGAAGGUUAAAUGGCUGAUGUAAAGGCCAGAUCUGAAUCCAAUUGAAAUGCUGCUAUAGGGAGACUUGUGGGCCAUUCAAAUAAAAUCAAAGGGGUGUACUUCCCUUUUCACAUGAUUGUUUAUUAAAACCUGUUGGAUGAACCCAAGCCAGAAAGGUUAGUGUUUUCUUUUCACUGUGUAUUCUUUUGUCACUUAUGUAUCCUUGUUUGAAUAUAUUAUGCUUUGGUUGUAUCCUGAAAAUUGUUAUACUCCAUUUCAUGAGUAAGGGCCCAGUGCAGUCAAAAACUAGAUUUUCCUUUAAAUUACACAAAGUUUUUCCUAAUGUAAAAGCUGUUUAGAAAAAUAAAACUAGAAUGUUUGAGUGAA